GCGGCGUGACGUCCAUGGACCCGUUCCUGAUGCGCUUCUUCCCGUCGGUGUACGCCAAGGAGCAGGAGGUGGUGGACACGAACCAGUACUGCAAGUUCGACAGCGUGCUGCUCACCCUCUUCACCUCGUCGCUCUACCUCGCCGCGCUCGUCGCCUCCCUCUUCGCGUCCGUCAUCACCCGCAAGCUAGGCCGCAGGGCCACCAUGCUCGGCGGCGGCCUCGUCUUCCUCGUCGGCGCCGUCCUCAACGGCUUCGCCGUCAACAUCGCCAUGCUCAUCAUCGGCCGCAUCCUCCUCGGCAUCGGCGUCGGCUUCAGCAACCAGGCUGUUCCAUUGUACCUGUCGGAGAUGGCGCCGGCCAAGAUGCGGGGCAUGCUCAACAUCAGCUUCCAGCUCAUGAUCACGGUGGGGAUCCUGGCGGCCAACCUCAUCAACUACUUCACGGCGAAGAUCGCCGGCGGCUGGGGCUGGCGCAUCAGCCUGGGGCUGGCCGCCGUCCCGGCCGUCAUCAUGGCCGGCGGCUCCCUCUUCCUCCCCGACACGCCAAACUCGCUCGUCGCACGCGGCAAGGAGGAGGAGGCGCGCGCCAUGCUCCGCCGCAUCCGUGGCACCCACGACAUCGGCCUCGAGUACGACGACCUCGUGGCCGCCAGCGAGGCCUCCAAGGCCAUCGGGAACCCAUGGAAGACGCUCCUCGAGCGCCGGUACCGCCCGCAGCUCGCCAUGGCCAUCCUCAUCCCCACGCUGCAGCAGCUCACCGGCAUCAACGUCGUCAUGUUCUACGCCCCCGUGCUCUUCAAGACCAUCGGCUUCGGCGGCACCGCCUCCCUCAUGUCCUCCGUCAUCAGCGGCGGCGUCAACAUGCUCGCCACCUUCGUCUCCAUCGCCACCGUCGACCGCCUCGGUCGCCGCAAGCUCCUCCUUGAAGGCGGCUGCCAGAUGAUCCUUGCCCAGAUUGUGCUUGGGACGCUGAUCUGGAUCAAGUUCGGCACGGACGGGGUGGCCACCAUCUCACGCUCCUACGCCAUCGGCGUGGUGUUCUGCAUCUGCGUCUUCGUGUCGGCCUUCGCGUGGUCAUGGGGGCCGCUGGGGUGGCUGGUGCCGAGCGAGAUCUUCCCGCUGGAGAUCAGGUCGGCGGCGCAGAGCAUGGUGGUGGUCUUCAACAUGGCAUUCACGUUCAUCAUCGCGCAGAUCUUCCUCAUGAUGCUCUGCCGCCUCAAGUUCGGCCUCUUCUACUUCUUCGCCGCCUGCGAGCUCCUCAUGACGGCCUUCGUCUACUUCUUCCUCCCGGAGACCAAGGGCAUCCCCAUCGAGGACAUGGACCGGAUCUGGGCCACGCACUGGUACUGGAGGCGCUUCGUCGUCGACGGCAAUGGCGGCCGACGUCGAAAUGUCCAGUUGACGUCGUCAUCCAACGCCGUAUGA